GUAAUUGAAUUAUUUCGAGAGAAAUACUAGAGACUAAUUUGUUAGUUCUCAACACCAGGCCAGUGAUUUAUUUACAGAAUUUAAUUUAAUUGAAUUGUUAAGCAUAGCAAAAAUGCUUAAUUAUCAGCAACAUGCAACAGCUGAGCAGCAAAUAUCGAACGUUGCAAAUACUGGUAGCGGAGGCGGUGGCAAUACUAAGCCAUUAAAUUCUGAUUCCACCAUAUCGGCGACAACGGCUGAACCGAAUAAUAAUUUCCCUUUGAAUUUUUAUCCAGUUCAAGCACAAGCACGCACAACAAUAUUACAAACGCAUAUUAACACUGUAAACGGCAUCAGUGCACCCUCGGCCAGUAUCUCUUUGGAGCAUUUGCAUACUCUGGCACGUCAACACAGUGCCAAUAAUAAUGGUAUCGUCAACCAUAACAAUAAUAAUAAUAAUAAUAACAACAACAACAAUAACAGCUGCAAUGAUAAUAAUUAUGCAACCUUGUCGUCUGCGUAUCCAAAUCAAAUUUGCUCAGAAUUGUCGGCAAAACUUACGAAUGCCAGCAAUACAACAAUUACUUCGAGGGAGGAUAUCGCAACCACAGAAGUUGCGAAUAGUGCACCAGCAACAACAACAGCAACAUUUUUAAUUGAAAAAGGCUCCGAAAAUGCCAAACGGUUUUCGGUUAACAAUCUCCUAGAAUUGGCUCAGGAUUGCCAUCAAAUAGCAAGCAAAUUACAAAUACAACAUCUUCACCAUCAACAUCAACAUCAGCAUAAUCACGAACCGAGCCAACAGCACCAUCAUAAUCAUCAUAAUCAGCAUCAGCAACAAGCAACCAUACCUCAUGAGAGUAAUUUACAUGUUAACUUUCGCGAUGACUUUGAGUCGCCUUCAGCAUCUUUAAUGGCAGGCGAACACGCGGGUUCACCUUCUCAUACCGGACGUAAGCCGCGUCGUAACCGUACAACAUUUUCUUCAAGCCAAUUAACAGCUUUAGAGAAGGUGUUCGAACGCACUCACUACCCGGACGCUUUUGUACGUGAGGAAUUGGCCACAAAGGUGGGUUUGAGUGAGGCGCGCGUCCAAGUAUGGUUUCAGAAUCGUCGCGCCAAAUUUCGUCGUAACGAACGCAGUUCAACAACCGGCCGUCCUUUAAUAACUGCCACCCCGCAGCCUGUACCGCCUAUAACUACAGCUCAUAAAUUUUCAUCCGAUAAAAGUGCCAUCCUGUUACAUCAGCAAAUGGAUUUACCGCAUCAUCAUCAUCAUCAUCAUCAUCAUGCAGCUGCCGCUGCAGCUGCCUAUUCGCUUAGUUUUCCUUCGCUAGGCAUGUAUGCAUCAGCUAAGCCAUAUGUGAAUGCUUCGUACAACGGUACCAGUGCUUCAAAUGAUAGCUUAAGCGGACCAUGCGGAUUUUUUGCCCCAGCCAAUUACUGCGCCACAAAUUAUCCAUCGAAUUAUUCGCCGCUACGUUAUAAACCAACACAAACUUUCACAGGCUUAUGA